CAUGACGUCACAUAGCAAUCAUAAAUGUAAACAAAUAUGACUGACUGUCUCGCAGUUCCCUGUGUAUGAAAUUAUAUGUGAACAAAUAGACGAUGGAGCGUGGAAGAAAAAGGAAGGCACCUGAUGAUAAAAGUCGGCCAUCACUCCAUGGUCGGGGCAACGGUCCGGGUUCAAGACCGGCGUCGUUAGAAAACAUUCAAUGCAAGAAAGCUCGAACCGACUCCGAUUCAAAGAGCUCCCCAUCUCGGACACCAGGCAGGGAAAGACGCAACGCGUCCACCACCGGCAGCAGCACAAACAGCAGCAGCAACAGCAGCAACAGCAGCAACAGCACGGAUCGUAAAAAUAAAAUCGGAAACAGGAUCAGCACAUCCACUACUAUCAAUAACCCCACCACCAGCAAUAACCCCACCAAGAGCAAUAAACCAAGUAGCAGCAAUAUCCCCGCUACCAGCAAUAACCCCACCACCAGCAAUAAACCAAGUAGCAGCAAUAACCCCACCACCAGCAAUACGCCCACUAUCAGCAAUAACCCCACCACCAGCAAUAACCCCGCUAUCAGCAAUAACCGCACCACCAGCAAUUUACCAAGUAGCAGCAAUUACCCCCUUUCCGACAAUAGACCAAGCACCAGCAAUUACCCCACUACCAGCAACACCAAACGGGAACUAAAGAAAUUGCAAGAUGUCUGGUCGUCUGAGGUGUCCCCGUUCAGGACAAGGUCACACAGAGGGGAACAGGAAACGCCAACCAAAACAAGUAGGCGACAGAUUAAAUUCCCUGAAGCUGAAACCCUGACGUCAAGUUCCAGUACCAGUUCAAGUUCCGGGGUUGGAUCAAGUGCUACUUCAUACACAAGCUCAAACUCUAAAACUGAUUCCUCUUCGAUUCUAAGUUCUAAUAGUGAAUCGUACACGUCAGGGAAGACAUCUAGUUACACUACAGGGUCUUCAACAGGGACAUAUAGUACAUCAGGAACAUCCAACUCCUCUGAGGCAUCCAAUCAGGACAUGCCCGGGACAAGUGGGAUAAAGAAUCUCUCGCAGAUAAACAGGUUUCUGUCAGCAACACAAGAGGCUAAAUAUCACCCAAUAUCGUCAAGUUCAAAUGAAGAACCAGAGGCAACCCAAGCUAAAAGCUCUAAGAAAUUGAGAUCACGAACACUAUCUAAUCCAUCCACAGAUAAUAAUACCAAACAGAAUGUGCCUGGCACAAAGAUUAACCCCCGAGCACAUCCAAAAUAUUCAGAUAGUGAUAGUGCAAAUGAGUCACAUUUAUCCAACACCAGUGGUACAACUCCAAUCAAACGAGGCGUUGGUAGACCACGAACGAAACAUCUUUCAUCUAAUAGCAAGGCAAAAGAACGUGAACUUUCAUCUCCAUCCUCGUCACCGUUCUCUAUAGUCGUCAGAUCUCCCCAAGAAAAAGGAAAUAGAGCUGGUAAAAAGACUCUUGGAGUUUCAUCUAAUGAAUCAACCAGCACUGGCGAUUCUGAAUUAAGUAGGGCAUAUAUAACCAGCGUAUCAACUCAAACACCACCCAGAGAUCUCAGGAGUCGAGAUGGGUCUGUGGCUACCACCUCCCAUGCUGCAUCGAUUGAGGGGUUUUGUCCUGAAGACAGACAGGCGACACAACCUGACAGAUGUAUGACGAGGGAAAUGAUUCAGUCAUCCCCUAUCAGGCAGACAAGAAGCAGGAACAGAUCCGGAGAUGUGGCUGUAGAUGAUGAUGAUGUUAAAGUACUGCUCAAACGAAAACCAUCCAGGUUAAUGACUAUUUUGGCAUCAGAACAUGAUAACUCUCAAAGGGGUCCCCAUGAAAGAGAUCAAGCGUUGCCUUUGAAUACUGAUACAAGAAACAAUAAUGCAGAGGGACCAGUCCUAAUCCAAGUGUCCGAUAUUGUAGGUGGGACCGAAUCAGGAACAUCAAAUACGAAGAUAUCCAACACAGACAGCGCAUCACUUCGUAUUGUCACGUCCCAGGAGUCAUCAGACGUAAUAAGUCCAUCCUCUACAAGUGUUCCAGAUGAAGAUAAAAAAUUAGGGUUUGAUCUAAACGAUUUUGUCAUCAGAAGGCGACGGCUAAGAAGCGAAUCCCAACAGGAUGAGCUGUGGGAAGGUUUGCCUUCAGUCACACCCUUUAGGAAACAUGCGAGUAAACUUAAAGAUGAAAAUGAGUGUAGAUAUGAUACUAACACAGGUGAUGGUGUACGAGAUGUCAACAAUCCCUCAUCUGAACCAGCUUCAUCAUCUAAUGAAUCGCUACAGCAAGGAACGAGCAGUUCCACAAUUUGUUUGAUCAGUGAGAUUGACUCAAUCCUUUCAGAUACAGCAUCCUCAUCUUGUAAUCAAGGUCAUGUGAGUUUUGAGGACGUUCCAAGCCUAGAGGAAAGGACUCCAGAAUACAGUACUUGUGGUGCAUCUCAAGCUGGUUCAUCUUCUCUUCAACAUGUCCUAGACAAUGACUUGGCGGCAGCUGCAAAUGACAGUCUUUCUGAACUUGAUACAAACGUAAAGAGUAUGUUUUCUAGCGAUAUUACAUCAUGUGCAUCAACAUUGAUAUCGCAAGACCCUUCAUCUCCAAAUGAACAGCAAUAUUACACAGAUGGAUCGUUCAGUAUGAAUCAGGGAACUCGGUCAUCAAGUCAAUUGACAUUUCAUAGUAAUCCAGGUACACCAAUGCCAUCUGGACCGGAGAGCGUGUGGUGGAGUGAUAAGGCGAACAGUGAAGGGUGGGCAACUCCAGUUGCAGACCCAUUAGCUAUAAGUCCAAUUGCCUCCCAAAGUCUCAGUUCGGAUUUAGAGAUGUUACCCACAGAAACUGAUCAAGGAUUUGAGGACUGUUUUAUACCUAAAGAUGAAUAUGAUUCAUUGAGUAACAGUUGUGAUGCCGUAGACGGUACAGUAUUCAAAGAAGUGAUGGAAAGAAAAGCUACUAAUGGCCAACUUGAAAUCUCAGCUGAAAUAAUAAACAGCAAUCUGACAACUCUCACAGAUGAGACGACAGUGACAUCUUCUGACACAAACACGAGCGUUUCAUUGACUGGAGACAGUGAUAAACAGAAACCUGUAAGGUUCAUGGUAACACGGUCCGACUGUGCCAAUAUUGACAGUGACACUGCAAAGGAGGUUGACCAGCCAGUGUUACAACCAACCAGUAGUGGAUCAUCAAAACCCGAGUCUUCCUCCUCCUCUGGUGAGUUUUUGCUUUGGAGUAAGAAGAAGGACAAACGAAAAAUAUCUUUUCCAAAAAUUGUUCUUCGAAAAUGUAAAGAAAGUAACUUCAGAGCCAAGGAAAGACAUUCUGUUCAACACUUAUGUGAUGAAGGAGAAAGGCCCCAACCGAUGACAGAGACAGAUGAAUUUCCAGCUACAUCAGAAUGUCCAUCAUCGGGAUCCACUUCUCUGACACCAAUUAAGAGGAGUGCUCGACUCCUGAAAAAGGUUGAUUCCUCAACAUCCGGCCAGUGCGGUAGGAGUACCGACUUUGUGUAUACUCCACUUAAAAGAGACGACAACAAGACAAAGACAAAGAUGUCAACAGAAAGCCCUUCCCCAUCCAAGAGGAGAAGGAGGUCCAGCUCUGAUAUCUGUGAAGGGGAAGCGGAUGUUGGAGCAGACCCGUCUACAGACAGAAACAUCUCUGAUAUUGACGUGACUGUUUUGAGCCCCAGACAAGUGAGAAUGCAAGAGAGGGAGGGGAGGGAAGUGGUACAAUCAGACAGCAGACACGGCCUGCCCCUGAAAGCUAGAUGGAAGAAAAAGCUAAAGAAGAAUCUCAAGAAUAAAUCUGGAGUGCUGAAGAAGAAGCCUGCAACCUCUUUUGAACAAAGGGAAAGAAUUGAGAACCAACAAACUCCAUCCUGUCUGCCACCGCGGAGAAGGAAGGGGCCAAUCAUAGACGAAGAGUUGCUGGCCAAUCCUGUUAUAGAUAAACAUGCUUGUGUCCUGUGGUCAAGUGAACAUCGUCGCCACUUCCAGAUGUCUCACCCAGAAGCAUCUUCUGCAGCUCUUGAUGAAUUACUUCGUCGACAGUGGUCGAAGGAGCUGACAGCGCAGGAGAAGAUGAAAUACUUCAUCCGUGCACGUGAUGCAGUCAGAGAUGAAGAUAAGCAUCAGCCGCGUAGCAGAGGAGAAACAAAACGAGGUGGUAGAUCAGGAAGCGGCCAGAAGUCAACAGAGGAAGAGGAUGCAAAAUCCAGUCUUGAACAAUUCACACGUCUCAAGACAAAACGACAAAAGGAUUUGCUUACGAAAUGGCUACAUUUCUUCCAAAAGGUCUUAUCCCGCCAAGACUAUGCCAAAUUUAUUGAGGAGGUCAAAGAAGGCAUUCUUGAGGCUGAAGCGCAGAAUAAACCAAACAAAACCAGAGGACUUACUAGCAAGAUUUUCAGUCACAAGAAGUUGCUAUUCAUGAAAAUGAAUAGCUUGAAGGGCCACGUUAUGGCCCAGUACCAUCGUCGUCAACAUCGACACAAGGAACUGCAUAAAUUAGCCUUCUACAUCCUGGUGAUCAGACUUAUUCAGGGAAAACCUUGCUCCUUCAUCAAGGGAUGUAGAUCUAAGAGGCUAACUGGUGUUUUGCAGGACCUACGGGACUUGGAAUACGGGGAUAGCAUUGCUGUUCUAGGCUACCCCAUCCCGACCAACAGCUUCACGGACCUCUACAAGGAGAUCGUCGAGACGGUGGACUCGUGUAUGUUCAGAGAAGAAACACCUGAAGAUGAUGAUCUGGGAAAUCCUGAAACGGUUUCUGAAGAUGUGAACAGAAAUGGUAGUGAUGCAGCUGAUGCUAAAGAAACGACAACGAAUCCUGUACUGUCGCAGACUUGUGUUGAAAAAAAGCAUGUGGUGAGCCUUUUAUCACCGAAAUCUCGAGUAGCACAAGAACCCGAGUGGUUUGAUAAACCGGUCAGUGAACAAUUCAUGAACAGGACUGUGCAUGAGUUAAAGAAUGUAACAUUCUUUCCGCAACUUCACCCACGAACUCUGGACUCCGUUUUCCUUCCACCACCGGUCCGGAUGCCCAUGUACGGAGCUCCGUCGGUGGGCAGGUCGCUCCUCCAAAGGGCACAGGGUCAGAUACAGUACCGGUGUACAGCCACGCCCUGGAUAUCUGGGUGUCGUCCAGCUGUCUCCACCACCCCCAGGAUCCCUGCCAGCCAUCAGUCAGUGAGAGAGGUAAUGUACGCUGAUGCAAGGGAUGCCUUUCAACGGUCAUUCACAAGCAACACCGACCCCUGUUGUGAAAUGGACUCACCCUCGUGUGUUUUAUCAGCAUGGGUUGUUGCCGAUAAAGCUAGGAAAUAGAAUAUGAAGUAAUGCCGCGGAGUAAACUGCCGUGCAAAAGAAAGUAUACCAUCGUGUUUAAUGGUGGCUGAAAAUAGAACAAACAAAAAAAGGUUAUGCGAUGGUGAUGUAUUUGACACUGGUAUCAAUAUAUCGACACUGGUAUCUAAAUAUCGACACUGGUAUCAAUAUAUCGAUAAUAUAUGCAUCAUAUCAAUGAGUAUCUCACAACAGGUGACGUGAACAUGACCUCUCAAUGAACUUGGGGUCGCAAUGUCACACUACACAGUUAUGGGUAGCGUGAAGCAGGUAUUGGUAUAAUCAGUUUGAGUGUAUCCUUUCUUUUGCACGGCAGUGUAUAUGACUACACAAGAUACCUGUGGGAGUCUGUUUUCUUUGUUGUAUUUGAAAACGGACCACAAAACGAAUCCUGUCUCAAUCAUACAUUCCUUACCUACGGCUUACUACUAAGAUGCUAUACGAGAUGACUAACGCCGGUCAGGGGGCACGGGUGGCCCAGUCGUCUAAGGCGCCGCAAUUCGCUGUGCAAAGUUGCGUCCCUUGGGCACGCCAGAAACCUAUGGUUGAAGGUUCGAAUCCCGGUUCGCCCCAAUUAUGUU